CACUGAGCUCCUGGUCCAUGUCCUCACCCCCCACCUCCUUCCAUCCUCCCCAUGUCCCUCCACCCACUUUUGGGGGGCACCAAACUUGGGGGGGGCACCCAGCACCCACUUUGGGGUGUCGUGUCCCACCCCCCCCAGAGUCGGGGACCAAGGAGGACCCGGUGGCCGCUGAUGUCAUCAACCCCCUGGCCCAGCGGCAGCGGGAGGAGCUGCGGGAGAAGCUGGCGGCCGCCAAGGAGAAGCGGCUCCUCAACCAGAAACUGGGGAAGGUGAAGAGCCUGGGGGAGGAGGACCCGUGGUUGGACGACGCGGCUGCCUGGAUCGAGAGGAGCCGGAAGCUGCAGCAGGAGAAGGAACUGGCCGAGAAAAGGGCCAAGCUCCUGGAGGAGAUGGACCAGGAGUUCGGGGUGAGCAGCCUGGUGGAGGAGGAGUUCAUGAGGAGGAGGAGGGAGCUGUACAGCGCCAGGGACCUGCAGGGGCUGACGGUGGGACACGACGUGGGGGCCUUUCGCGAGGGGGAGACCACGGUGCUCACCCUCAAGGACAAGGGGGUGCUGGAGGAGGAGGAGGACGUGCUGGUGGCCCCGGGGCUGGUGGCCGAGGAGCGGGGCCGGGAGGCGGCCGAGCUGCGCAAGAAGAAGCCCCUUUAUGUGCCCUACGAGGAGGAGGAGACCCCCGGGGGGCCCCAGGUGUGA